GUUUUUCGCUUGUGCACGCAGUUGUGUCAAUAAAUGAGCAUCGUUUCUUGAAUUUUUUGCGACGUAGGAUUUCUCAAGUUACGAAUUAUACGAAGACUAUCGUAACCAUUUGAAAUCAUUUCAAUAUCACCUACUUCUUUAGGCCACGUUGCCAUUUUCGUUGGUUUUUUCUUCCAUGAUGAAUUUUUGGAUUAUAUUGCUAAUAGGGAUCGUUUAUGUAGCUCAUUCAGAAGCUGAAAAUGUAUUUGAAGACAAGGAGCCUAUGCUUUCGGAAGAUGGGAAAAAUAUUUCAUGUGGUCGAAAAUGGAAGCCGAAAGGAGUCAUGUAUCAUGUAGUUCGUAAAUACGAAGACGAUGAAGGAAAUACUCUCAAACCCCCAGAACCAAUUUACGAGUAUUGUGUCAACGAAAACACCAAAUUAGUAAUGUACGCGAGGUACAACCUCGACGACCCCACUCGAUUGACACCAAUGCCACAGCACGAAAAGCAAGAGUCCGAUCUAUCGGGUGUGCCAGAACCAUCACCACGAGAUGAAAAGGAAGAUUCUGAUGAACCAGAAGUACCUGAACCAUUGCCACAAGAUGAAAACGAAGAAUCUGAUGCACCAAAAUCUCCAAAAUCGUUGCAAGAUGAGAUAGCCGAAUUAAAUACCGAAUUAAAUUAUAGAAGGCAAGGGUCUGAUGCAUCAGAAUCAUCAAGCAUGUAUCCAAGGCAGUUAUCCUCUCUGAAAAUUUUGUCACCGAAGGAAACCUUCGAAUUACGAAAGUAUUAUGAUAUUCCUAGCCCUUUUGAGUUUGAUCCGCAACUAGUUGUCGUUCCUGAUCUGAUGCCCUCACUCCGUAUCAAAAGAUCGUUUUAUAAUUUGGAAAUCACAGCUCCCAUGCAAGGAGAAUUAGUCGAACCCUGGGAACAACUGAUGAAGAAAAUUGAAUCGCAAAUCUACAAAAUAAGAGAGCCUCUGAAAGUGUAUUCAGGAGGCUUUGACACGUAUCGACUUCAUGGAGUAUCUUGGUAUAUAGACAGACCCAAUCGUAAAUUACCUGUACCAUUUGCGUGGUUUUUAUUACUACACAAUGAAGACGAAACCAGAGGUAUUUCUGUGGUGAUGCAGAAUUACGCUUUUAGCCUCGGUGAGAAAAAAAAUGCUCUGUGUGGUGAAAGUGUUUGCGAGAAAGCUCGUUUGGAAAUUCCCAAGUAUAAUCGUGCUUGGAUUUACUGUUGUCCUGCUUCAACUAUCACUGAAGAGUAUGGAGUUACUAAAAAGGACAUGGGCGUAGAUGAUUUACUAAUAUUUGAAUCGGAAGAGUAGGCGUUUGCGGUGGCGGCGAGCGACGUUCUUUUCCCAACCCCCUCGCCGUGCUACUGCCUGUCCUGAUAAGAGUCGAUGAAGUGGAGAAUUUCAACAUUCAAAUUUGCUAUAGCUUAUAUCACAUUUUUUUCAUUUUUUAGUUAGGUAAUUAAGUUAAUCUUUAGUUAAGCAAUUGAGUAAAUUCUUAGUUGUCGAUGUGUGUAUCCAAGCGAAAAAUUAGUGGAUCUGAUAAUCCAGUCACUUUCCCCUGAGUACAGAAUCUUUAUUUGAACUAAUCUUAAGUAUCUACAAUAGGUACCUGUAAUGUACAAUACUGUGUUAAGAAAGAAAUUAAAUAAGCAGCGUUCUAAGCCAA